AUGGGCUUCACCACCUACGAACCAGCUCCACAUACCGCCUACUACCACACCGGCAUUGGCGGCGCCGGCAACUAUCGCAAGCUCACCUCGGCUGAGGUUGCAGCCCCAAAAGCAAAGUCUCACGACAUCAAGCCACACGCUCGUCCAUUCUACGGUGGUCGCGGUGGUGUCGGUAACGCUCACGCAGCCUCGGAGCGUGCCAUGUUCUCCUUCGACGAAGAGCUUCAGCGCGACAAGCUAAGACGCGACUCCAUCGCUCCAAUGUAUACCGUUGGUCGUGGUGGCGCCGGAAACAUCGUUCCUCAUGAGGAGGAAGGUCACGACAGCGAGGCCGAAGAGGACAGAGUCAGCUUGGAGGGAUCAGUCCGAAGGGUCUCGGAAAGCUCGAAUCACAGCGGAUACUCGAGUCGAUCCAUAGCUUCCAAUGCCGAUAGAAUCGUCAAUAAGAUCCGAAACUUUGGACGACAUUAA